AUGGCUGCUGUUUUGGAAAAGGUGCAGGAGCUUCAGAAGGAAAUCACCUGUAGCAUGUGUAGGAGCUACUUCUCUGAGCCAGUCACCAUCUGGUGUGGGCACAGCUUUUGCAGAGCAUGUCUCUCCCAGAGCUGGAUACUUGGAGCUAGAGCUUUCUUUUGCCCUGAAUGCAGGCAAGUGAACCCAGUCAAAGAAUUCCCAGUCAAUAACAUCCUAGCACAACUGACUGACACGGGCAAAGAGCUCUGCUUCCUGCAUUUGCAGAGUACUGAAGGACAGAGCCACUGUGGCAGGCACCAGAAAGUGCUGAAGCUCUUUUGUGAAGAUGACCAGACACCACUGUGUGUGAGAUGUUCCCAAAGCCCAGGGCAUGGGGCUCACAAAGUGUCUCCUGUAGAAGAGGCUGCUCACAAGUGCAGGAAGAAGCUGCAGCACAUUCAGAGCCACUUGGGGAAGCAUUUGGAGGAAGCUGAGGAGCUUCUUAACCAGAGGAAGAGACCUGCAGUUGACUGGUACUGGAUGAUCGAAGGAGAAUAUAACAAGCUACACCACUUCCUGAAGAAGGCAGAACGUCAAUGUCUUGAAAAGAUAAUGGAAGACAAAAGGGCAAGCCAGGACAGACUAUCCCAGCAUAGGCAAGCCCUCCUGGACCUCAUGCUAGCUCUGCAGGAAGCUGACCACCAACCCAAUUUGGAUCUGCUACAGGAUGUCAAGCAGUUGCUGGUAAGGACUGAGUCAAUGCUGCCCCAAAGGAUCAAUGUUGACGUCCCAGAGCUGAGAGAAUACCCCAUCCCUGGCAUGAUCGAGAUGCUCAGACAAUUCAGAGUGGACAUUACAAUGGAUCCCACAGUAGACAAUCCCUUUGUGACUGUUUCUGAGGAUCUGAAGAGUGUGAAGGCUGCAGACGUCUGGCAGGUGGAGACCGAGCACCCUGAUGACACUGUCCACCAUUAUGUCUUUGCUGAGCAGGCCUUCAGUUCAGGCAGACAUUACUGGGAGGUAGAUGUGGCUCAACUACCUCAGUGGACACUGGGGAUCCAUACCCUGCAUUUGAGGAGAAGGUGGGGUUGGUAUGUGGACUCCUCUGUUUCUGUGUUCCUGCUUUGUUGUGUCAAGAAUGAAGAGGAUUACUAUUUAAAAACAUAUCCUGGAUCAUUGAACCAUCGAGUGAGAAGCCCUGUGCCCAGGGUCGGGGUGUACCUGGAGUAUUCUUCUGGCACUCUUGCCUUUUACAAUGUCCUCCAGCAGUCGAUCAUUUAUAGGUUCUACCUCAUUCAAUUCACAGUGCCCGUCACACCCAUCUUUUCUCCUGGCCCUCCACUUCCAGGAUCAAAGGCUGGUCCCAUGACUCUCUGUCCAAUGGACUCUCCUCUUUGUGCUUGCUGCAAUGCUUAUCUUUGA